GAACACGCAGCUAGAAGAAGCGCGUAAAUAGUGACAGGUUGACGAUCCCGGCGUCGGUCGGUUCACCCCGCUCGGUUUGCGCACCAAAAACGCCUUCCCGUUUUCGAAGCGCGUGAGUGACGCAACUGAAGCUGCUGUUCUGUCGAUCGUUCCUCCCCCUUCGUGGGCUAUUCCGCUUCCAUCACUCGCCUCCCCCCGAUUAUAGCUGUUUCUCCUUUCUACGAGCAGGCGACUAACAUGGAUAUUGUGAAUCAGUUGGUUGCCAAUGGGCAGUUCAGGGUGCUGAAAGUCCCAUUGGGCUUCAUCAAAGCCUUAGAAUGGGUGUUUGCCAUCUUCGCAUUCUCCACCUGUGGGAGUUACUCCGGCUCCUUUAGGAUGAGUGUGGAGUGCAGAAACAGAUCAGACAGUGACCUGAAAAUAGAUGUGGAUUUUGAGUAUCCCUUCAGGCUUCAUCAAGUGUACUUUGAUGCCCCUGUCUGCAAGAAUGGCCAGACUGAGCGUUUCUUCCUGGUUGGGGAUUACUCAUCCUCAGCAGAGUUCUUCGUCACCAUAGCUGUUUUUGCAUUUCUGUAUUCCAUGGCAGCUCUCAGCAUCUAUGUCUUUGCCUUUGAGAAAUAUCGUGAGAACAAUAAAGGACCUCUGAUUGAUUUUGGUGUGACGUGCGUAUUCACCUUCAUGUGGCUGGUGAGCUCGGCAGCAUGGGCGAAGGGCUUGUCUGACGUCAAGACAGCUACAGACCCAGAGAAGGUUCUAGAUCUGGUCCCCGCUUGUGAACAGGAAGGCAACCGUUGCCGUGAAGUUUACGACCCUGUCAUGUCUGGUCUUAAUACUUCUGUGGUCUUUGGCUUCCUCAACCUGAUCUUGUGGACGGGAAACCUGUGGUUUGUAUUUAAGGAGACCGGGAUCAUCGCACCAUUUAUGCGCCAACAGCCCGCCCAGGAGAAGCAGCCCGCCCCUGAUUCCUACGGGCAGGGAGGUUAUGGGCAGCAGGACCCGUAUGCCGGCUCCCAGGGAGGCUACCAGCCUGAUUACAGCCAGCAGGGCUACAAUCAAGGAGGAGACUAUGGUCAGGGUGGAUAUGACCAGCAGGGGGCACCCACCUCCUUUUCCAACCAGAUGUGAGCGAAGAAAUAUCUGAGGAAGCAGGAGAUGGCUGAAAGAAGUUGAUCGUGUGACUCUAGCAGUGUGGUGCCUGAACCCUACCCACAAUCCCACACUUCUCCCUGUUUGUGCGUCUGUGCUUACGUCUGUGAAAGAUAAGAGGGUGGGAGGGAGGGAGGAGGGGAAGGGGUCUAAUCCAAAAUCACAUAUAAAUGGGAGGGGCAUAGAGCGGAGGAAUUUUAAUGUGCUGUUUAUUAUUGUGAUGUAUACAACUAAAAAAGUUUGAUCAAAUUUCAAAACACUUGAAUACUGUACCAAAAUAUGAAAAAACGUAUAUAUGAAUCAUAUUACUAUAUGAAUUUUUGAAUCAAUGAUGUUGACAAUAGUUGACAAUAACUUGAGAGAAUGUAUUGUCUGUGCUGUAUAGAUAUCAUUAUAAAAGAAUAUAUAUAUAUAUAUAUAUAUAUAUAUAUAUAUAUAUAUAUAUAUAUAUAUAUAUAUAUAUAUAUAUAUAUAUAUAUAUAUCUUACAGAUAUGUAUGGGAUUAUUCCACUGUAGUCUAGUGAAAUUUAGAGACCCUAAAUAAAUAUGAUAAUAACAAUGUGAAAAAGUUCACAAAGCCCCACAGAAUUUGUUCCUUAAAAAUGUUUCUCUCUGGUGGGUCGUGGUUUGGUACAAUUUAUUCCAUUUUUAUGUUGACCUCUUUUGUUUGGUAUUUUGUUGGUUUUUAUUUCUUCAUGGGUGGGAUGGAGCACUGAUGUGACUGAGACUGAGGCGGUGGGGGGCAUCCAGGGCUACCGUGGGCAGAAUCAUUCCCAAACUCAUGGAGGGACCACAUUACUUCAACCAGCAAGCCAAACGGUCAAGGGUAUCUUAAAGCAUUUCUCAUUUCCUGACUGAAAAUGUUGACGCUGUUUAGUUCUCUCUCUUUCAAAUCUUUGUCUUAUGAAAAGCACAUGCAUUCUCGGUGCAGAAUUAGCGUGGUUGUUCAUGACACAAUGCAUCUGAGUGCUGUGUUGAUGUAGUGCUGUUUAAGUUAGAGGAUGCUAAAAAUAGAUAUAUAAAUAUAUAUAUGGACUGGGUUUUUUUUUUUUAUUUGUGUUGUGUGAGCACCGGAUAGAGAGAAUCGAUCCAGUGUGUUGAGAUGUCAGUAAUGUAGAUAUAUGUGCCAGUUUCAAUCUGUUAUGUGCAAUUUCAUCAAUAUUUUCUCGUAUCCCUCUCUCAAAAGCAUAUGCAAUAUCACAGGAUUAAAGCCUGCGAUAUUGAGGUAUAUUUUCAGAUGUACAUAUAAAAAUAUAUAUGGAGCACCUGCUCAUUCUUUAACCGAUAUCAUGAACUGCUAUAGUGUGAAAUUUCCAUGAUUUGCAUCAAAACAUCACGUAAUGGCAGUUUAGAUCAAUCAUUCAAAAUGCAGAUGAUCAGAGAUAUCUGGUGUAUAUGAUAGCUCGACCUCUCGGCUGGAAUCAAGGUGGUCAUUUUAAAUUAGCUACGAAAUGCAUAAUUUGAACCAUGUUUAUGGCAGGUUAACUGAUGCAAUAAAGUUAUUGUUUUGUAUAGUAUUCAAACAGUAUAUAUUAAAGUCUCGCACUUUCAGAUGCAAGGAUGCUGAGUAAACAUCUUAUUAAUCUAGUAAAUGCACCAGAUUUGUUUUUGCCCAGAGUUGAUCAUCAUUUUGUUUAGGGCUAAUGCAGCAGACGUUGUUAUGAUGAGAUCCUUUAUAUUAUUGCAUGAUCAGAUGCUCAUAAUGCAAGCUUACCCAGACUUAUAACUAUCUAUUUGAUAUUUUUUCAGAUUAUUUAAUUUGCCUGCGACUUUGAGGAAAACCAGGUUUCGCUUUUGGGUAGAAGGCCAUCGGCCUGCUAAAUGUAUUAGCGUGUCUCUCCCUCCCUCAUUCUCUCUCUCUCUCUUUCUCUCUCUUUCUCUUCCAUUCUCUGCUCUGGCCCACUCUUCCCCUCUUCCAAAUGAAUAUGCUACUCAACUUCUCCGUUGUUAGUGGUGUUUGAUAUGUCUUGUGAAACUCUCGAUGCCUUUGGGUUGUGCUGUAUUUAAUGUGUAUGAUAUAUUCUUAGCGUUUAUGAAGAUAUUGAUGAAAAUGGUUAUGACCAUGCUGAAAACUCAAUCACCAAAAUUAUCCAGAAAUUCUGUUGUAUUGUUCUAUGGAAUCCACGAAGGAAAUUCAAUAAAGAAUAAGUUAUCCUGUUGAAAAAAAAAAAA